UUAKAGUCGGAAGAACACAAGUACCGUACGAUACUCGUAAUAUUAUUGCCCCACUACUGUUCCAUUGUCGUACGGUAUGAGUACGCUUGUCCGCUGCGAGAACUAGUAGGUACGUUAAGUACCCGUAAUAUAGCCGGACGAAAGUGCAACCAGGGGCCUGAAAUUUAUCCCCUGAGUUCAACCUACUCCGUUUUUAGUUUUUCCCAUAAUGUCAUUGUGUACGGCGUUUGUCUGUCCUUCGUCAUCCCGCAUCAAACCAAUCCUUAUUUUUUUAAUCCGAAUCCGAAUCAGUAACGUUUGUGCACCGCAUCAAGCAAGUAAACUGAACAAACUGUUUUUUUAUCCAAAAGUUCUGUAGCGACGAAAGUACUGUAACGAUAUCACAUUACUGACGCCAAUUUGCAUUAAAGAGAGACAUUCUUCAAGCAUCCCAUUGAAAAUUGCAUGAAAGCAGAAUUGAAAUUAUCGCAGAUUUACCUGAACAAUGGAGGCUCAYGACGACGACGAUUCCAGCAACGGACGGCAGAUUCCUCAGAUUAUACACCCCCAAUCACCUCGGCAUUUUGACGUCGACGAUGAAGGUAGCGGCAACAUAGUGGAGAGGGAAUAUACAGGUACAUUUGAAGGGCCAGAAAAGACGCUAGAAGUGGUGUUUCGGAAAAAGGGAGAUACCAAGGGACCACAGACUAUUUCUCCUGGAGACGCCGCAGGUGGUGGAACACGAAAAAUCGGCCUUCGCUCUCUCGGCCGGGACGACUUGGAUUUGAUUUGUGCUCGAGCUCGUGUUAGCAUCCUUUCUAGCAUAUCUAAUGCCUAUCUCGAUGCAUAUGUCUUGUCGGAAUCUUCGCUCUUCGUUUAUCCCUUUAUGUUGGUUUUGAAAACCUGCGGGACGACAACACUUUUGCGGUGCAUUUCCGUAUUGAUCGAUUUAGGACACAAACUGGGACUUGAAAUUGAUUGGGUAGGAUACAGUCGAAAAAAUUUCAAUUUCCCARGCGACCAAUCAUGGCCCCAUCAAUCCUUUCACCAAGAACUAGAAUACCUUUAUAGUCACCGCAAUCUCUGUGAUCGUCUAGAUGGAAGUGGCUACACACUGGGGCCCGUCACUUCCGAUCACUGGUUUGUGUAUGUGGCCGAUCAAACAAUUCGCUCGCAAACGCUCGAAACAGAUACGGACCGAGUUCUAAAUAUUAUGAUGUUUGAUAUCGAUGAAGACAUUGCAAAUCUCUUUUAUUACAACAGAUAUGAAACCAUAGAAGGAGAAAGCAAAGAAGACGAGGUGAAACGCAUUUCAGAACAACAAUCCAUUCAAUCUGGUAUCGACGCCCUSGUACCCGGUGCCGUAAUAGACGAUCGAGCCUUUGAACCAUGCGGGUAUUCUAUGAAUGCUAUUUUGUUCCGAUCCUACUCCACCAUCCACAUCACUCCCGAGACUGGGUCGAGUUAUGCCAGCUUCGAAACCAACCAAAAAGUCUCUUCCUACAACUCUAUCAUUAGAAACGUCAUUCGGACCUUUUAUCCAAAGCGCCUUGUAAUAACCCUAAUGGCCGACGAGAAAGGAUUAGAGCAAGUGAAAGAAAACCCAAUUUUGGCUUCGGGGUUGGAAUCCCAAAUUGUGGUGCCCGCAACCCGCGCUUUUUCAGAUGCAACGGGCACGAAGCAAAUGAUGUACAAACGAAGUUCGUGCGCCUCGAUCAAGGUGGAAGACGAUUGCUGCUGCAUGAUGGGAAACUGGGUACUAAAAACAGAUGCCUCGGUGGCGCAGAUUCGUGCCAACAAGAGACGCGGUAUGACCCUGGGAUAGCAAGGAGAGCAGCAACGUUUGUUCGCGUAGUGCAUUAGAUCGCUCGGCAGGCCCUGAAUUCUUGAUAUGUCUACGCAUACGGAAUGCUGCAAAAUACUAGAGAUCAGAAAAUUGAAACCAAUGCAGUCAAGAUGGUAUUCCAUCCAUAAUUUAUCUGUUGUCAUUUCUAAAACUAGGUUUAUGUACUGUAUUUUCGUCGUUGAUUUUCUUGUCCAAAGUCAUGUUCGUAUGGAUGGACACCGCUUCGAUCAAUCCAGAAUUCUGCUCUGGAAUAUUCAGAUGAAAUGUGCGAUGCUCUGAGACAUUGCAACACUCUACGGCAUACCUGGACGCUGUCCGAAGUCUGAAUAGACUCCGCUAUUGUCG